GGACAUCUUGGUAAAUUUUGUGCCCCGCAGGAGUGGAUUUUUGCCGCGGUUCAAACAUGACAUGCGUGCGUCUGUCGCGGAUUCAGCUCGCCCUCUUCUUCAUCUUGCUUUGCCCCGUCAAUAUCAUCGGGCUGUGGUGGGCCGUGGGCAGUCCUCUCGUCAUGGACCCCAACAGCAUCUGCAGGAAGGCCAAGCGUCUGGCAGGGAAGCAGGCCGAGCUGUGCCAAACGCAGCCGGAGAUCGUGAGUGAAGUGGCCAAAGGGGCGCGCCUGGGGGUUCGCGAGUGCCAGUACCAGUUCAGGUACCGCCGAUGGAACUGCACCAGCCACAACAAGUACUUUGGCAAAAUCCUGCAGCAAGACAUCCGUGAGACAGCGUUCGUGUAUGCCAUCACGGCCGCCGGAGUGACCCACGCGGUGACCCAGGCCUGCAGCAUGGGGGACCUGCUGCAGUGUGGCUGUGAGGCCACCAGGAACCGCUCCCCGCCUCGGCCCUCGUCCUACGCUCCAGGGGACGGGGUCAAAUGGGAGUGGGGAGGCUGUGGAGACGAUGUGGAGUUUGGGUACGAAAAGUCCAAACAGUUCAUGGACGCCAAGAGGAGGAGAGGGAAGAGUGACAUCCGGACGCUAAUAGACCUGCACAAUAAUGAAGCAGGGAGAUUGGCGGUGAAGCUGUACAUGAGAACUGAAUGCAAAUGCCACGGUCUCUCUGGUUCUUGCACGCUCCGGACCUGCUGGAAGAAGAUGCCCCAUUUCCGAGAAGUGGGCGACCGGCUUUUGGAGCGAUUCAACGGAGCUUCCAAAGUCAUGGGCGGAAACGACGGCAAGACCCUCAUCCCCGUCGGCCAAAACAUCAAACCACCGGACAAACAGGAUCUAAUAUACUCCGACGAAUCUCCAGACUUCUGCCUGGCCAAUCGCAAAACGGGCUCGCUGGGCACUAGGGGGCGCACUUGUAACAGCACGGCCCUGGAUAUCAGCGGCUGUGAUUUGUUGUGCUGUCAGAGAGGGUACAAAGAGGAGACGGUUGUUUUCGAGGAGAACUGCUUGUGUAGGUUUCACUGGUGUUGCGUGGUGCAGUGCAAAAAGUGUCUGGUCAGGAAAGAGCUGAGUAUGUGUCACUGAUCCCAAAUCUUGGACUAAACCUGGACUAAGCCCGGACAAAAGUUGGACUACAUUUAAGGACUAAAGAUCCGGUACCAAUGGAGAUUCAACAAUGGAUGGAUAUAGACAGUUUGUGAAUUUAUACAUUAGUUGCUAGUCCCAGACAACGUUAUGUAAGGUUGCAUUGACCGAACCAGGACCCACUGUAAAAAGGGACUUGUUUGAAAAGAUAAAACUACCUAUAUUUGUCUGCGGAAAAGGACCAAAGAAUGUGAAAUGUGUAUGUUUCUAUUGCAGCCAAGACAGAAAUCAUUUAGUCUCUUUAUCACCAGAAGACUGCUAUCAAACAAGUUGAAACACAGAGCUUAAUAUGGAACUUGCCGCAGCAUGUACAGGUUCAGAUACACGGGAUUUCGCUGGCAUUUGUGGCAUUUAAUAACUCUGACAACUCAACACUUACCUUGGUGUUAUUGGACUGACCGAAACAAAUUAAUAUCCACACAUGUUUGUACAGGAAAUAAUAUUAUGAGAACAGCUAUUACCACUACUGUCACAUGCAUAUGAGUUUGUUGGUUUUUUUCUGUUUUGGAGUCCGCCACCUGCUUGUCUCCAUGCACUUGCUGUAUUGCUUUACCUGGAAUG